AUGUUCUUCUCCACCUUCACGAUCCACUUGGCCACGCUCGCAGUAUUUACCAGCUGGACUGGUAUCUCAGCGCAGGCAACCCAGCGGACUUGCAACAACUCACCCGAUCUCUGCGAUAGGCCGUUCGACAGCAUUGUCCACCUUGGCACCCACAACAGCCCCUUCGUCCGUGAUGCCUCCACUGGCUGGAGUUCUUUCGGCAAUCAGUUGUACAACACCACUGUCCAACUCGACGCCGGCGUCCGCCUCUUAUCCGCUCAGGUCCAUGCCAGGCUCAUGCCCGACGGCACCCGUGAGUUCCACCUCUGCCACACCAUCUGCGAGCUGAGCGACGCCGGUCGACUAAGCGAUUGGCUGUACACCAUCAGGAUUUGGCUGGACCAACAUCCCGACGACGUCGUCACAAUCGUACUCGUGAACUCAGACCAAGCCACCGCAGCAGACCUAGCAGGUGAGUACACCCUCUCAGGAGCCUCAGCUUGCUCAUACAUCCCCCCUUCCCCCGAAGCCCCGGAUCAGUGGCCUACCUUGAACACACUCAUCGAUGCAGGCACAAGGAUGCUGACCUUCAUCGCCUACCUCCCCCAAGACGACUCACGAGCGCAGGCGCCGUAUCUCAUGGACGAAUUCGCGCACGUAUUCGAAAAUCCCUACGACACCUCCACCCCCACCAACUUCACCUGCACGCCCGACCGGCCUGGCGACAUCCAGGGCAACGUCUCCGCCGCCAUCGCGAGCAAGAAACUCUUCCUGCAGAACCACUUCCUGUACUGGAACCAGCUCGGCGGCAUCCAGGUGCCCGACAUCCGGCACAUCGGCUCCACAAACGCGCCAGAGGGCCCCGGAGGCUUGGGUGCACGGCUGAUAAGCUGUAUGGAGGUCUAUGGCGCCUCUGCGACGUUCGUGCUGGUGGACUUCUUCAAUGUUGGCCCGGCGGUGAGCACGGUAGAUAUGUUUAAUGGCGUCGCAGCACCAGUCGGGAGACUCGACGUUACUACGAAGAUGCCGCCCCAGGUUACGGAUCAGCUUGAUCCGGCGCUUGAUCCAUCGGUCGAUCCGUCGCUUGAUCCGUCGUCUGAUCCGAGACUGGGUAUGAUAGUGCGGCAGAGCAACGGUGCAGGAAGUUCGGCGGUGAGAUGUGUGUGUUUUGGCUUCGUGGUGCCGAUUUUAGUGGCUCUGCUGCAGGGCAGUGGAGCUGAUAGGACGUGGUUUCUGCUUCCUUUUCCGGUUGCUGCGCUGGCGUGGCUGGGUGGUUGGGUUUGA